AUUUUAGUAAAAUCGAGGAGUAUUUGAUUAUAUAAAUUUGGUAUUUUAGGCUGAGGCAUAUCACCCACACGCAUAGACUCUUGAUAAUCUUGACGAUACGUUGUCAAAUAAAUGAUACAAAAAUGUUAAUUAUUCUUAUAUUGUCCCAAGCAGAGUUGAGGUUUUCCAUUCAAAAUUACAUUGCCAUCAACAUUGCAUUGCAUUCUGGAAUUUAGGAAAAUGUAGAAUAAAGUGAUAUAACGGAGUCCAUUGUUGUGAAGAUAAGUAAAGCACAUGAAGGCACAACAUACAUAAAACAAUGUGAAGAAGAUCUCGGGAACACUGCUGUGACAAUGUAGUAUUACUUCCCCUAGAAAGUAGAACCUACUAAAGUAGCAAAUGUACAAUAUUGUAUUGUUUUCCUAAAAAUACAGAAGCAGUAAAAACAUGGCGGACAGUCUAAAAAUAAUUUUUACUGGGGUUGGCCGAGGACUUAAGGAUUCUGUUGUGGGAACAUUUAAGAUAUACAACAUUGAUAAAGACCUUAGUGAAAAGAGCCAGCAGCAGCAGUCAGAGCAAAGAAGGACGGUGCUCAGUAUGAGAAGAGAGGAAAGACAGAAAGCUGAUCAGCUGACUGGAAAAGGAGAGCCUAAGAAAAACAGUGAGCCUAGUGUGAGGAACAGAAUAUUAGUGUGCUGUGCUUGGAAUGGUGGAGUCUUCGGGCUCAGUAUUUUUAUGUUUAACAGAGCUGUACUUCCGUGUUUGCAGUUUUUGAUUCAUUAUUUUACAGGUGGAACUGCUGCCACUAUCUGGCAUUGGAUGGGUCCUCUCUUGACAUGGACAUUCAGUGCCCUCUGGAUCAUACCAAUUUUUAUACUCAGCAAGAUUGUAAAUGCUCUCUGGUUUCAGGAUAUAGCUGAUGCAGCUUACAGGAAAUCCCGUGGGAGACCUCUCCUGCCCAGCUUACAAAUGCUUAUAGCUGACCUGCUGUUUAGUAUUAUACUUGAGAGUGUUUUUCUAAUACAGGGCAUGCUGGCCAAAAGGCUACUGCCGAUACCAGGGAUAGGAGAUCUAGUCAGUAUACUUCACAUGUGCCUCCUGUACUCACUCUAUUCAUUUGAAUACAAGUGGUUCAACAUGAACUGGCCCCUUCAAAAGAGGGUGGCUUACAUUGAGAACAAUUGGCCUUACUUUGUGGGCUUUGGUCUUCCCUUGGCCAUUAUGACCUCUAUGGCAGACUCCUUUGUCAUAAGUGGCUGUGUGUUCUCCCUAUUUUUUCCACUAUUUAUUAUCAGUGCCAAUGAAGCUGGACAUAUCCAUGAAAUUCAUGAUAUGCCCCUAAUGUUGUUCACCCCAGCAGCCAAGGUCACCAAUCAGUUGUUUCCAAAAUUAUCCAGGAGAGCAACGCCCUCUAGCGGUCACACAACCCCAUCUAGCGGCCAUUCUACCCCUGCAGGGACACCCAAGAAGCAACUUCAUAUACGCUGACUUUAUAGGAUGUUAGGUCCACCGUCACCGACCAACUGUCAUUUUAGUCAAGUUAUGCAUUAAUAUAAGCUGUGAAAUUGAAACAGGAUGUUUGAUCGGACUUUUGACUCACAUAUCACUAUAGAAUGAUAACUUGAGCAGUUUGUAGAAGGUUAAAGAUUAACUUCAUUUAUGCAGUGUGGUUUUGAUUAAAAUUACUGACUGCAUUCAAAGAUAGACCCACUUAGUAUUACUAAAGAUAUACCAACACAUAAUGCUCAAGUUUAAGUGUAAAAUGAAUUCUUUGAUAUAUUGCAUACCCAGAUAACUGUAAUGGUUUUAAAUAUAGUAAACAUUUGUGCAGCACAAGUUCAGUUUAAUUUGAUGCUGAUGAGAAUGCUUUGAUUUGUUUUCCUUUCUCUUCGCACUGGUGCUGCAUUUAUAACAAAAAUUGUAAAUAGUUAUCAAAGCUUGUCCAUGUUAAAGUCAGGAAGACUUUAAUAUAUUUAAGCAUAUCUUUGCAACAGAGAAAUAAAAGUCUUAUAAUUGUU